AUGGGUGCUCCUACGAGUUUCUCUUCUCGCAGACCCAAUGCUUCAAACCUUCCCAACUUCGAACUGCCGCCUCCUCAAUUGACGUCGCUGCACCAGAAGUACCACUCCUAUGCUGGCACAUCUCAGCCAACUCCAUCCAUCCCCUCGAGCUUGACUAGCGUCGGCAACCUGUUGACCCCUCCGAGUGGUAUCUCGAGUGACGGUCUCAGCCCUAACUCGUCCAACAUGCCGACCGGCAGCUCUCACGCCAACCAUUCGGUACCCCCCUUCACCCCUACCGGAUACAUGUGGCCUCCUUCGCACACCGGCACUACUCCCUAUGGUUUCCAAUCUCACAACAGCCCCAACCAGCGUGGUCUGUUCUCCCCAUCUCUCAACUCGAUUGUCAAGGGCAACAACUCGCCUCACAUCUCCGAGAACCUGCCUCCUCCAAACUUCCCAGAGAACCCGUUCCCUACCUCCAUGUCCAUGUCGGCACCCGUCAAUCUCCCUGCUCUGCCUUCUCAGUCUUCGAGCAUCGGAUCAGCGAUGAUGGGAGGCCACACUCCUGUUACCCAGGCAUCGCCAGUGAACCACCACGACUCUUUCGCAAGGCCUCCUCCCACGCCCACAUACUUCAACGGAUCACAGCACAGCCACAACGGACAGUCAGCGUACGGCUACUCAUCGGGGCCUUCCCCUGUUCAGCAGAGCCCAAUGAGUGCAGGCGGCCAAAUUCCUCGCAUGUCACCUGCAAACGGGCAUGGACAGAUCCCUCCUCUCCAACCACAGAAUGUUCAGUCGCCGUAUACACACCAGCGUCCCUCUUACCAAUACCCUUUGCCAGGGCCGGUCUUGUCCAACGUCGGCAACCCUAACAGCCAGCUUGCUCUGGUUGGUGGCAUGCCUCCUUCGAUGAUGCCUGCAUACAACAGUGGCCACGCAGCGCAUAUGCAACAUAUGUAUGGACACCAUCCCCAGGCUCAACCAAACCCUCAGAACGACAGACCUUUCAAAUGCGAUCAGUGCCCUCAAAGCUUCAACCGCAACCACGAUCUCAAGAGGCACAAGCGCAUUCAUCUGGCGGUCAAGCCAUUCCCCUGUGGUCACUGUGAUAAGAGCUUCUCCCGCAAGGAUGCAUUGAAGAGGCAUAUUCUCGUCAAAGGUUGCGGCAAAGCGCCCACCAACUCGGGAGACAAUGACCGAAAGGACGGUUCAAUAUCUCCAGCAAUGAAGAGUGAAAACUCGAGCCCUGCCGUCUCUGCAUCGGCAUGA